AUGGAUGCCAGAAGCAUUUUCGCUCUGCUUGAAGAAGAAGAGACCCUGAUCUUCUGCACAAUUGGUGCGACCCUGUUGUCAAGGAGGCGCCGCAGAAAAAGAGAUGUUCAAGAGAAGACCAAGAAGAUCCAAAGGAGGUUUUGGACAAGACCAUGGUUGUUAAGGAGGCCAACAUACGGACACUAUGAGACGCUGAUGGCGGAGUUAGCUGGCGAAGACCUGGACGGCUUUCGUAACUUUCUACGCAUUGACUCUGGGAUUUUUCAAGAACUCUUAUCCCGUGUUGGUCCUCGCAUCGAGAAGCAGGACACGUUCAUGCGGAAAGCAUUAAGUGCCGGACUUCGUCUUGCUAUCACCCUGAGAUUCCUGGCGACAGGGGAUUCAUACCAAAGCUUGGAGUACAACUUCAGAGUCGCCAAGUGUAGCAUCUGCCGCAUUGUCCCAGAAACAUGCAAAGCUAUCAUAGCAGAAUUAGCUCCAGAAGUGUGCUGCCUCCCGUCCAAGCCAGCCAAGUGGAUGUCCGUAAGCAAAGGGUUUUCGGAACGUUGGAACUUCCACAAUGUCAUCGGGGCUUUAGAUGGGAAGCACAUCGCUGUAAAAUGUCCGACGAAUGCAGGGUCAGUCUACUACAAUUAUAAGGGCUACCAUUCUGUGGUAUUGCUUGCCCUUGUAGACGCAGAAUAUCGCUUUCUGUAUGUCGACGUUGGGAGCAACGGCAGCUGGUCAGAUGGUGGGAUUUUCUCGGAAUGCGAACUUCGAAAAGCCUUGGAAGAUGACACAGCGGGAAUACCCCCACCAUCACCUCUGCCAAACGACGAUGAACCGAUCCCCUUUUCGAUUGUCGCUGAUGACGCAUUUCCUUUGCGUAGUUGGUUGAUGAAGCCUUAUCCUCACCGCCUGUUGACCGACCAGGAAAGACUGUUUAAUUACAGGCUGUCAAGAGCACGACGCGUUGUCGAGAACGCUUUUGGAAUACUGGCGCACAGGUUCCGCUGCCUUCUAAGGACACUGUACCUGACCCCUGACCGAGUACAAUCUGUCGUGCUGGCGUGUUGUGUACUUCAUAACCUUUUGAGGAUCCGGUUCCCAAAGCUGCACAAUAAUCUAGUGGAUUUUGAGGACCCAGCGACCCACAACAUCAUUCCAGGAAUAUGGAGGGGCGAUCGCGAGUUGGCGAGCCUGGACGUCAUGAGAGGCAACAAUACCACCAAAGCGGCAAAGGCACAACGUGACUACCUCCGCAGCUACUACACCUCUCCAGCUGGUAGUGUCCCUUGGCAAGAGAAGAUGAUCUAA